AUGGCGACCGCAGGGUCCGCCGAAAACCCGGGCAGAGCAGUCAGGGCCCCCGGUAGGCUCGGCUCCGGCUCGAGGCCUGUAGCUGGGUUCGGAUCCGGGUCCAGCCCGGCAGAGACCGAGGCGAAGAGCUGCUUGGUGUGCGUGGAGGGACCCCCGGCCUGUCCGCUGUGCCUGGCCCGGAGACUGUCCGGCCGAGAGCGGCUCAGGAGGAGGAGCGAGCCCGAGAGGAGCAGCAGCAAAGCGGGCAGGAGAGACCGCGACGGCCCGAGAGACUUCUUCGUGUCUCCUGCUCUCAUCCCCAAAAGUUUGGACAUGUUGUCAGCACCGAGCGGGAAGCACAAGCUCCUGAUGUGUGAUGACCGAGAGGAGGCGAGGAGGAGGAACGCUCUGGCCUGUAAAGACGAGGCGGUCCGACACCUUGACGAGCCUGGAGUUCUGUCUGACUCUGAGAACGAGGAGCCAAUCAGCAGGAGGAUCAGGAACAUCUCCGCCUUCAUUAGGAAAACCAAAAACUCUGCAGCCUUCUCCGGUGGUUCUCAGAGGAGUCAGAGCUGCACAGACUCGGUGGAGGACAGAGGAGGGAAGCUGAAGCUGACCGUACAGCCGGCCCUGAUGGACAGAGUCGGUAUCAGUCACAGCUUCACAGCGGGUAUCCUACUCUCCUCCGAGAACAGUCGCUCAGUCUCCGCCCCCAUCACUGCCCCUGACCGUAGGCUCCCCUGGCGAGCCAUCAUCACCUCCUCUGCCACCCCUCUGGUCGUCCCCCCACCGCCCCGGCCUGAGCGCUCCAUCAGCCCUGAGAGCAACGACAGCAUCUCUGAAGAACUCAACCACUUCAAACCCAUCGUCUGCUCGCCAUGCACGCCGCCCAAACGUCUGCCUGAUGGCCGCGUGAUGGAGCCCACCAUCGUCAAAUCCACGCCCAGGAACCUGAGCCGUGGUUUGCAAAAGGCCACCAGCUACGAGGCCAGCCCUGCUGUUCUGCAGAAGUGGAGGCAGAUCGAGCUUGACCGCCAGAGCCUCAAGGUAAACUCCAAGGCAACGCUGACGAGCCCGGUCAACGGUGGUGGUGAGGAAGACCGAGGGGGCGGCGCAAAGCUUCGCCAGUCUCCAGCAGGAUGGGAUGGAGACGCAGUGACGAGCGUCAACAAGAGGAAACUGCUGUUUGAGCCUGCAGACGCGGAUGUCCUACACAGACAGACGGCGAAGAUCCGCGUCCCUGCGAUCCGCUACAGCAGCGAGGCGCCAUUCAGAGGAAGCUCAGACUUUGAGACCACAGGCAGCGCCCCUGAGUGCGGCGGCGCAGGAGCGUUUUUCAGCCGCAGACAGUCGUUCUCUCCGUAUACCAAACACUCUGGAUUCACGGCGUGUAAACUAGUGGCAAAGGACGCUCAGAGUCCACGUCGUGAGUCAGACUGUAGCCUCCACAACAUGUCUACCUCGAGGAGGGGCAAGAAGAGGGAGCAGAAGACCAAACACCUGGACUCGCACGCAGACUCGGACCCGAAGAGAAAGCGGGCAGUAGGGCAGGAGGAGGAGCGCUACGUUCGCCAGCUCCAGCAGGAGCGAGAGGACCGAGCGCUUGCCCUGAAGCUGCAGAGGCAGUUCGACUUGGAGAACCAGAGCGGCGGCCGCAGGACGAGCCCGGACACUUACUGCCUGCGAUCCUGGAUGUCCAAUCAGAACCGCAGGAGGCGUGGCCUGCGGAGGUCACGGCGAAUCAACAAGAAGCACUAGAGAGCAGUGUUGUGCUGACUCAGCAGUGGUUAUAUAUGCAAAGAGACAAGUGAUGAGGAGUCUGAAUGUUUUUACAAGACUUUGUUUAGAGUUUAAACUCUUUUCACCAGCAAAUCACCAAAACUGAAAAGAAUCAUCCAGACGGCUGACAGAGGACAACAGACACCAGGAUGUUUGACUUUAUUUAGAGAUUAAAUAAUUUAACGACCAAUCAGAAACAGCCACAGACUCAUGAAACACAAAUGAUUGUUGCUGACGGCUGAAUAAAUCAGCUUCUUCAAGAUCAAA